AUGGACGAGGGGAAGGCAGUGGAGGGAAAGGAAGACCACCAACUGCGGUAUUACUAUGAUGAGGGGGAAGACGUCUGUCUCCCUUUCUUCUACAAAGGACUGGAAGGGAAUCAGAACCGCUUCAACACAGACAGGCAGUGCAUGGAGGCCUGCUCUGCCAAGUUUAACGAGACCUACCCAGCUGCAGGUAGGCUGCUACAGAGGGUGGGGAGGGAGAGCAGCUGCUGUAUGGCGGCCAUUUUGUUAGGUGUAGAUUCAACGAGGAUCCUACAUUUAACAAACAGGAAGUCCAUAUGACAAAUGCAAAUUGUACAGUGUUGCAUUGAUGUAUGGGUUUUUAUAAUAAUGGCUAAUGAUUAAUGAACAUAAAAGACAAGAUAUUGACCAAACCACAUAAUAAGGAAAUAGACAUAGCAUACACAGCAAUCCUAUAAUCUGAUUAUUAUGCUACGCUAAUCUCUCAAAAUUAUCCAUUCAUUUAAGGAAGAAUCGUUGAGCUGUUCAUAGAAGUUUGUCAAACCCAUUAAUAUUCCUCAUCUAUUCUCUCUGCUCUCUCAGAGGCAGUGUGUGACCUCCCAGUGAACCAUGGUAGUUGUUUUGCCAUGUUGGUGAUGUACUACUACAACACAGAAGAGAGGAACUGCCGUAUCUUCCACUACGGGGGCUGUCAGGGCAAUGGCAACCGCUUCGAGACCAGAGAGCAGUGUCAGCAGACAUGCAUGGGUCAGUUCACUAUUUAUUGUUGUGAUGCCACUAUUUCUCAUCUCUCCCUCUGUUUGAGGUAAUGACAAUAUACCUCAAUAUGUACCCAAAAAUCAACAACCCAUCAUAUUCAAUAUAAUGAACCUACGCAUUCUUAUAUUUCUCUCUACUGCCAUGUGUAAAGGUUUGUUUCUGUAUGAAAUGAAUGAAAAUAGUUUGUAGACACUGAAGUGCAUUUUAAACAUUGAGGUGCAACAAACACUCAUCUGACUUUAACUGUUUGGACCGUUCUUCUUUAGUCCAUUAGAGGUCCUUCCUCCACCACUUCAUUGCAACUCUGUCUCUAUUAUGCUUGUUUGUCCCGUUCAUGUGAGAUAUUCUUCUUCUGCAGCCAAAGCAGGAAGGUUAGGUGGUGCUGUGGAACCAGGACCCAACCCAGAUGAGAGUUCCACUAAUGCAGGUACAUCAAUACCUUUUGUGCCAUUUUGUACAGUUAAGAAAUUAGGUCAUAUCUUGAUGAUACUCUUUGUAAUUUAGCUAUAUUGUCGUUAUGAAAGAGCUGCUUUUGUAUUUUUGCUUCUUAAUCCUAACUAUCUUUGUUUGUCUCAGGACUGAUUGUGGGUAUUUUAGGAGGAAUUGUGUUUGCAGUGGCGGUGAUCUCUGCUAUUGUUCUUUUUGUUGUCCAAAGGUAAGCAAAGGUGCAGCAAUGUACUCUUACAAAGUCAAUACAGUAACCUGUUUUUAAGGAAAGGGGUGAGAACCCAUCUUUGAAUUUCAUGGUAAUAUCAAUGUGUGUUACCUCUGGAAAUUAUAGAUUCAGAUUUAAGAUUUGAUUACAUUGAGGUUUUAACAUAAUUUUUUACUUCACAGGAAAGAGAAAUCAAGAAAAGGGAGCGAGCAGGUAUCAACUAUUGAGAUGAACUAG